GCAACAACGCUGCCAGGGGCUGCGCUCUUACUUCCUUCAUUGUUGUUGUUGUUGUACGGGAUUGUGGUAUCUCUGUGAUCUGGUGCAUUUCUGCGGCGCUGCCUCUCUCUUCAUCUCUUUCUCCUCUCCACCGACGCGCGUACGCCAGGCGAAAUGGCAGAUGGCGGCGAAGGAACCGACAAAAACAUCGAGAUAUGGAAAAUCAAGAAGCUCAUCAAGGCCUUGGAGUCGGCUCGUGGCAAUGGCACGUCCAUGAUCUCGCUCAUCAUGCCUCCUCGGGAUCAAGUUUCCCGGGUGACUAAGAUGCUCGGAGACGAGUUUGGGACAGCUUCCAAUAUCAAGAACAGGGUGAACAGGCAGUCCGUGUUGGGAGCCAUCACGUCUGCGCAGCAAAGGCUGAAACUGUACAACAAGGUGCCCCCAAACGGGCUGGUGCUGUACACAGGCACAAUUGUGACGGACGAUGGCAAGGAGAAGAAGGUGACGAUCGACUUCGAGCCGUUCAAGCCCAUCAAUGCAUCGCUGUAUCUGUGCGACAACAAGUUCCACACGGAGGCGUUGAACGAGCUGCUGGAGUCGGACGACAAGUUCGGGUUCAUCGUGAUGGACGGAAACGGGACGCUGUUUGGGACUCUGAGCGGGAACACGCGCGAGGUGCUGCACAAGUUCACGGUGGAUCUACCGAAGAAGCACGGUCGUGGAGGGCAGUCGGCGCUGCGUUUCGCUCGGCUGCGGAUGGAGAAGAGGCACAAUUACGUGCGGAAGACGGCGGAGCUGGCGACGCAGUUCUACAUCAACCCGGCGACGAGUCAGCCGAAUGUGUCAGGGUUGAUUCUGGCGGGUUCGGCGGAUUUUAAGACGGAGCUGAGCCAGUCGGACAUGUUCGAUCCUCGGCUGCAAGCGAAGGUGCUGAACGUAGUGGACGUGUCGUACGGGGGGGACAACGGGUUCAACCAGGCGAUCGAGCUGUCGGCGGAGAUUCUGGCGAACGUAAAGUUCAUACAGGAGAAGAGGCUGAUCGGGAAGUACUUCGACGAGAUCAGUCAGGACACGGGGAAGUACGUGUUCGGGAUCGACGACACGCUGAAGGCUCUGGAGAUGGGGGCGGUGGAGACAUUGAUCGUGUGGGAGAACUUGGACACGAACCGAUACGUGCUGAAGAACGCGGUAACUGGGGAGAUCGUGAUCAAGCAUCUCACCAAGGAGCAAGAAGCGGACCAAUCCAACUUCAGGGAUGCUGAGAGCAACGCCGAAUUGGAAGUUCAGGAGAAGUUGUCGCUCCUGGAGUGGUUCGCAAAUGAGUACAAGCGGUUUGGAUGUACGUUAGAAUUUGUUACGAACAAGUCACAGGAAGGAUCACAGUUUUGUCGUGGUUUUGGUGGAAUUGGAGGAAUCUUGCGCUAUCAGCUCGAUAUGCGCACAUUCGAUGAGCUUUCAGACGGAGAAUAUGAAGGUUACGAAGAUGAUUAUUAGACUACUAGGGUGGUUAAUGUGUAUCGUGUCCGUCUUCUCUCUUCAUGUUGGGAGUAAAAUCCCCAUUUAGACCUAUUGGUUAGUUAAACACGGUGAGAUGAUUUCCUGACAGAAUCUGCUCAACUGAAUGGCUUUAGUGUUUAAGGUUGGGGAGUGAGGGGAAUCAUGGGACACCGAAGUUGUUAAUAUUGGGAAGUUGUGCGCGGGUUUAAAUUUUCAUUUGGUUUUUUUUUUUUUUUUUUAAUAUAUAUAUAUUAGAUUCUCAGUUUUGAUGGAUCAUAAGGUUUUUGAUGCGCAUCUUAUUAGGGCUAGCUGAGUUUUUAGAAGCGCGCACUUUUAUGAGUUGAUAGGUGAGUAGCUCACGUUGUUUAUGGGCGUUUUUUUGGCGGCUUGGAAACUGGUAUGGUUUAGCUGGAAGCAGUUUUUGAGAUCUUACCCCUCUUUUUA